AUGGAUUCUAUUGUUGUUAUGACAAAUGGAGAAAUAUCAGAAUUAGGAUCCUAUGAUGAAUUAUUGUCUCACAAUGGUUCUUUUGCACAAUUCCUCAAGACAUAUCUAACUGAAGAAACUGGUUCCAAUUUACAUAAUGAAGAUGAUCCUGAAAGUAAUGUUCGUAAUCACCCAAGGAUGAAUCCUAUUGAAAAUCAGAAUUAUCGAAAAAUACAGAAUUAUCGAAAAAUAUUCAGUAUAAGUUAUUACCCUUGUUCAAGAAAACGCAUUCAUGAUGAAGAUAAGAAUCCUGAAAUGAAAAAUUUAAAGAAGGAUGAAGAGAAAUUGAUUGAGGAAGAAAAAUCUGAGACAGGAAAGGUGAAGCUGUCAGUUUAUAUAGGUUAUGCUAAGGCCAUAGGUUCGCUGCCAGCUGUGUUAAUAUUUGUAAUAUAUGGAUUUUACCAGGCUUUGAAUGUUUAUUCAAGUGUUUGGCUGGAACAGUGGACAGAUGAUCAACUCCUGGCAAACAGAUCUUUGGCCAAUACUAGUAUAUAUCAAGAUAAAAAUGAAAUGUAUCUUGGAGUUUAUGGAGCAUUGGGAGUUUGUCAAGCCAUAGCAGUUUUGACAUAUGCUUUACUGGCUUCUGUAAGAUUUGUGAAGGCAGCUGGAAAUAUACAUUACAAAAUGAUAACCAACAUUUUACGAUCACCUAUGUCCUUUUUUGACACGACUCCUGUUGGCAGAAUUGUUAAUAGAUUUUCAAGGGAUGUAGAAACUGUUGACAACAACUUGCCCCAGUUAUUUAGAAGUUGGAUUAAUACAGUGUUUAAUGUGGCCAGCACUCUUAUUGUAAUUAGUUAUUCAACACCAUAUUUCCUUAUAGUGAUUAUACCUUUGGCCUUUUUGUACUGGCUGGUGCAACGAUUCUAUAUACCAACUUCAAGACAGUUAAAGAGAAUUGAAUCGACAACAAGAUCACCAAUAUAUUCUCAUUUUAGUGAGACAAUAACAGGUGCUUCUUCAAUACGGGCUUAUGGAGUUUCAAGGAGAUUUAUUGAGGAAUCACAGCUGAAAGUUGACAAAAACUUGGUUUUUUAUUUUGCUGGAAUUGCAUCAAAUAGAUGGCUUGGCUUUCGACUUGAAUUUUUAGGAAGUCUAAUUGUGUUGGCUGCUGCUUUGUUUGCAGUCCUUUCAGCUGAUGAUGGCAUAGUCGGUUUAUCUGUAUCUUAUGCUCUCCAAGUUACUGGCUCGCUCAAUUGGAUGGUAAGAAUGACAAGUGAUUUGGAAACAAAUAUUGUUUCAGUAGAAAGAAUGAAAGAAUAUUCGGAAACUGCUUCUGAAGUGAGUAUAUUUUUUAAACGAUUCACAAAGUUUAAGAAAGAAAUAGAACACACCAACCUUUUCACAGGGUUUUAA